AUUUUUACUUAUUUCUCCCAUGCUUCGUUGUCUACCGGUGGAGGGAAAGUAAGGGCUAAAAUCAACUUCAAAACUCUGAACUUUCUUCACAGUUAUGGCCGCUGAUGAGUAAGAUGUGGCGUACAUUACCAACACGAUUGUUUAGACAGUAUGUUCAGACUGGAAUCCAGACAUCGGGAGCUGGUCGUCAAGAUGAAGACUAUGACAGGUCAAUCACAGGGUAUUACUUACCGCAAUAUUUGACGGAAAAGGGCACACUCAUAAACCACCCUGUCAGAUGGUACGCUCCUGCAUCUCCCAGUCAACAUGAAGAUGGAGGUGAUAAUAGGGAAAGGAAUGAACAACAUCAGAAUUUCAGGUGCGGAAAUUUCUGGAGUUCCUGCUGGAAUUCGGGUAACAUUGCGGAGGCUAUGGGAUUGGGGUCAGCAAUUGUGCUAGGACUCCAGCUCAGCAGGACUUUCAACAAAGACCAAGAUGAAGUUGAGGGCAAGAGGUUCUAUAAACUGGCACAUGCCAUGCCCCAGACAUUUACUACCAGGAAGAGCAUAAUGAGUGCAACAAAUGUAACAAAAACAAAAUCAACAAAAGAAAAUGAACAAAAGGAGGAGCCUGUUGAAGACUCAAAAGCAUUCAUUGAUAAAGUAGCGCGCGAGAGCCUUGGUCAGACGUACAAUACUUUGGGAUUGGAAAUGGCCAAGUCGGGCCGGAUUAAUUUAGCGGCUUCCUACUUUCAUGAUGGUGCUAAGGCCGGGAACAGCAGAGCACAAUUUAACUUGGCCGUCUGCUAUGAAUAUGGCCGUGGGGUCGAUAGCAACUGCAAAAAGGCUGCAUUUUGGUACAAGAAGGCUGCGGUUCAAGGCCAUGCUAUGGCACAGUACAACUACGGCAUCUUCCAUUUGCUAGGCUCAGGAAAGGUGAAGAAAGAUGAAGAAGAGGCUGUUCACUGGCUGAGCAAGUCAGCUGAUCAGGGUCUGUGCCAGGCCCAGAGCUACCUGGGGUCCAUGCUGGUGCAUGAGCCUAAUAAAGACCUGGAUAAAGGCAUCUAUUACCUCCAAGAGGCUGCCAAACAAAAGGAUGUCGAAGCAACCUACAGGCUAGGGAUGUGCUACGAAGAGGGUAUAGGCGUGGUCACCAACCAAGCCAAGGCUGGCGAUCUCUACCACAAAGCAGCAUUAAAGGGGCACAGUGAAGCUCAAUGCUGUAUGGGGCGGUUCCACCAACAAGGCCUUGGAGGUAUCCCAGCGGAUAGGACUGAAGCAAAAGCCUGGUUCAGUAUAGCAAGCGAAAAUGGUAACAAGGAAGCCAAGGAAAGUCUAGCCUCCAUAAUAUCCUUAGAAUCCGAGGAGUCUGCCAAGGAAAAUCUAGCCUCCACUAUAUGCCUGGAAUCUGAGGAACACUUGCACAGAGACAUUGAAAAGGCACCAGGCAUUCCCACAAUGCAUUGUUCACAUUCUGCUCCAAAUCUGUCGGCCAUGUUAACUGUUGAUGCCAUUAGUAAUGAUUUAAUACGCAGCCUAGACAACAAGAGUCCUAUAUAUCAGGAUUGCCAAAGAAUCUCCUAUUUAGAUCUAUUAAUGCCUUACUUCCACAUGCAAACAAGCACAUCAGGAAGCGGUUUAUUUCAGAUUGGGAAUGAGGACGAUGUACAGAUCUUGGAUGAUUUAAGAUCAGAAGUAAAGCCAAGAUUUGUUGUCGCUCAGUAAAAUGUCUGUUCAUUCAUAAAUAGUUAAACUGCCAAAUAAUGUUAUUUAUCGCACAAAGUCUGCUGGUGUAAGGAAAUUAUAGACACCUUGCUAUAGCUUUAAAAUCACUGUUAAAUGAGAGUAAUAUUUAAGAAUGAUAAUCAAAAUUAGCAACAGUAACCUUGCGAAUGAUCAAGAAUAUUUGCUUUACUAUUUUUAAGCUGGUGAUGAAACUAAUGCUAUUUACAGUAGAUUUAUUAAUCUCGUUUCAGGGCCAAGUUGCGAAGCUACUAGAGCCCAGCAUACUGACAACAAUGUCCCUGUGUGUACACGGUAGUGAUGGCAACGGUAGUGAUGGCAACGCCAUCUCACCGCUGGGAUGCACACUUUCCUUCCCUUUGCUCCUGUUCAUCACAGUAAUUAUUAAAUCAGUUUGUUUCAGUGGUUUUAAUCAAAAUCAUCUUGAGACGGUUUUGUUAUUGUGGAAGAGGCUGGCUAUAACAAUGCAGAAUCAUUGACCACUCUUAAUUUUUUUUAAACUUAUGCAUACUGUUCUCUAGUUCUCCAAAGUUCAACAAUAUACCAAACGAUCCAAGAAAUCACCAGUGGUGGAUUCAAUGGGGUGGGGUCCAGCCGGCCCAGGCCCUCGCUUAAUUUCUCAAAAUUAUUUAAAAAAAAAAUUUUUUUCUUGAAAAGAUGAAUUUUCUUACCUCUGCCCCCAAACCAUGGUAAGGCUGAGGAGGUAUAGACCCUCCAUCUGUGAAAGUCCCUCCCUGGGCCUCAUUUAUUUCACAUUCCUGGACCCACCAAUGAUGUAUAUACCAUUAAUUAUUUAGAAAUCACUGCUAGCCACUAAGUGGUUCUUAAUUAAGGAAGCGCAAAUAAAUUCACAGUAAUUAGAAAUGGUAAUUGAUUUUCUCUGGAAAAACUAUAUAUAACUAUAUUUUAACUUUUCUGUGAAAAGUUGGUGCUAUAUACUUUUAGUAUUCUGAGAUUUUAACAACAUUGUAAGUACUAUCACAUGUUUUUAUACUAGAAAGAAACCUGUUGCCCCUUAAUGGGAAAGAGGACCCUUAAAUUAUUCAGUUUCUACCAAGUUUAACGUCUAAGCUUGUGGAAAAGUGCCUGUUGAAUUUUUCCCAUAACAACACAUUUUUUCCCCAUAAACUGUUAGAACUGUAAGCCAGGCUAUUCCUUUUUUUUUUAUCAUUUUUCAGACGAAAAUGAACUAUAUUGUACACUUCCAUGAAGUGGGCAGAUUCUUGUAAAAAAAUAAUGUAAUAUAUUAAAUGUAUAUAAAAAUACAAUUAGCAAAUUCUGUGUGCAGUUGAUGAAGCUAGCAAAAAAAUCCAAGGUAGCAUUUUCAAUAAAUUAGUUACUCAGCGAAGUAAUGCAGA